ACGCAUGCGCAGUUGCACACCACAACAGUGUGGUUCUGUGCUGCACUGACUCAGGCCUUGUGAAUUAAAUCUACAGCUGUUCUUUUAUAUUUAUGUAGGCUACAUUUCCUUAGCACCAUGGACCCCGAGUUGUACAUAGCAGCUGCGCUCAUUUUGCUCGUCCUCAUCUUGUUUGCGGUGAAAAUCCGGGGUAAAACGCAGCAAGCUGAUGCUGAGCAACGGCGUGAAGUGGUCCAAGCCGCGAUGGCUCGUCCUAGGGUCCCGGAGGAGAGAGGGGCCGGUAUGCCCCGCAGGAGGAGGGGCAUGGCUUCUGUGAUGGCCAACAGACGAGCACAGCCAGAAGAGAGACCAGAACCAGACCAGUAUGAGCCUGAGGAUGAAGAGGAAGCAGAGCCACAGAAUACUCAGCCCACUGCCAAAAUCGGAGCUAAAAAGCAGAGGAAGCUGGAGGAAAAACAGGCCAAGAAAGCUCAGAGAGAGGCUGAGAUGGAGGAGCGGGAGGAGAGGAGGAAGAUGCAGGAACUGAGAGACCAGGAGAAGAAACAGGAGGAGGAGAGGGAGAGGCAGAUGGAACUCAAACAGGAGGAAGCAGAGCGGCGAGCCAAAGAGGAGCAGGAGAGGAGAGAGGAGGAGGAGUACCAGAAACUGAAGGCGGAGUUUGUCAUCGAGGAUCAGGGAGAGGCAGAGCAGCUCACAGAAGACCAGUCUCGUAACCUCUUGCAAGAAUUCAUCCAGUAUAUCGAGAACUCAAAGGUGGUGCUGCUGGAGGAUCUGGCUUCUCAUUUUGAGAUGAGGACUCAAGAUGCCAUCAAGAGAGUCCAGGAGCUGCUAGCAGAUGGAUUACUCACAGGAGUUAUUGAUGACAGGGGCAAGUUCAUCUCCAUCACCCCCGAUGAGCUGGAGUCUGUGGCCCAGUUCAUUCGGCAGAGAGGCCGAGUGUCCAUCUCCGAGCUCGCCCAGGCCAGCAACAGGCUCAUCAGGCUAACACCAGAGGGCACUGUGACUGUAUGAACCAAGCACAUGGACUACUACUAUUUAUACUGUAAUGGAUUUGGAGAGGAAAAAAGUAAAAAUAUCAACUUUAUGAAUGAAAUUAUUGUCUGGGUGGAUUUCCUCCGGGCACUCUGGUUUCCCCCAUCAACUCAAAACAUUGACCAUAGGUAAAAUCUUCCAGUUGAGAUAGUCCUGACCAAGAUCAGCCCGAGAUCGGGAAAUGGGUCCCCAGGUAGGAAGGGAAGGGCAUUUUUUUUGAUAGGGGAUCCACCACCUGUUUGUGCUUUUGAAACUGUCCAGGGAGAUGAGAAUGUUUUAAUAACAUACUACAGAACAUUCUGGGAAAAGCAAUAAUACAUACAUGCAGCCAACCAGAUGGCAGACCCUCCACUAAGAUCAUAAUGAGGAUUUUAGAGUCUGCAAAAUCUGACUAAAUGUUGUCAAUAUUACAAAGAAAUAUAAUGUCAAUGUGCUGUAGGCCUGGUUGUAAAUCACUUUUACUUCAGUGAUUGUAUUGUAAUUAACUGAAGCAGCUACAAGUGUGAAAAAGAGUGUAGACAGAUGACAGUUAUAUAUUGCCCCUCAGGUUUGAAUAAACAGUAGUUAAUUAGGAAGAUUUUAAUAAAGAUCAUUUUUGCUCAGAGCUGUAGACAAAGGGAGUGGAGUGUGACAUCAUCUUAUAUCCAAACCUUCAGGGAACAAUUAUGUACCCAUCUGUCUAUUAUCCCGAGCUACUCCACCCCAAGACCAGAAAAAGCAAAAAUAUGGAAUCCUUUGUCAUUAUAGAAAGUGAAUUUGUUUAAAAUUGAAAUGAUUUGAAGGAUCAUGAUGAACUGCUUCACUUUUUAUCAGAUUAUUAAAACAUUCUUAUAUCAAAAAGAAUACUUUAUUUACUUAUUUGCUGUUUCUGCUAUUUUACAUUAAAAUAAAUUUACAAAAGAUAAACAUUAAUUUUGAAACUUCCUACAGAAUUUGAAAUAAUUCCAGUAUCAUACAAUUCGAAAACUUGACACUUUACAACAAUUACAGCAAAAUUCCAAAUUCUAACAUAAGUGGAUU